UCUGAUUAUUUAUCAUUAUUUAUUAGAUACAGUUUUCGAUCUCUCUUAUCUUUAAUUAUCCGUAUUUAUUGGAUUUAGUUGAUUUCCUAAAGAAGAGUGGUUGUAUCAUAUGCGGCCACUGCCUUACUAUUUAUUUCCAAUAAACGGCGUUAGAUCAUUGUAACAUUCUUUAAAAUGUCGUACAAAAUUGGUCAGCGCGUUGAGGUAUCUGGCAAAGAUUGUCAGGGUUUAAUUGCCUACAUUGGUCAUCCGUCGUUUGCUACUGGGAAAUGGAUCGGUGUCAUUCUCGAUGAACCAAAAGGAAAAAAUAACGGCACUGUUAAAGGACAGCAGUACUUUCAAUGUAAAGAAAAUCAUGGCAUGUUUGUCCGGCAAACACAGCUCAUAUUGCUCGAUGAUUCUGGUAAUCGAACAGAGCUGAUUAGUCCAUCUUCAGCAGGCAGUGCGCCAACUACCCCCGAUGACAGUGGAGCAGCUAGAGCCAGAAGUCGUUUGAAUAGCAUCAGCAUGCGUCGACGGAAUGAACCCACUGCCGUUAGGAGAAAAACAUCUCCGGCACAAACGACACGCCAGCGACCGGACAAGCUGACAGGUUCCCGUCUAUCCCUCGGAGGAAGCAAGACCCAGUUGAGUGCUCCUAGCACCGAAAGUCUCACAGGAUCCCAACACGAACGUAAAGAGGUCGGAGAAUCCCACAUACCAGCUCCGUCGUCAACAAAGCGUGCAUCCUUCAUAGAGAAGUCCUCUAGCACGAGCUCGCCUCCGGGCAAAAAGUCAAAGGCCCCAGAUGAUCAGAAUAAUACUGGUUUUGUGGAGACGUUGAAACCACAAUUUGUGCCUGGACAAGCACUUGCAAGUCAGUCGGUAAUGGCAACUGGAAGUUCUAUAGAAGAAAAGCUCUCGCACAUGCAAAUGAUGCAAGAAAAUGAUAAUCUGAAAGCUCAGGUUCGUGAUCUGAACGAGAAAUUAGAAACCCUACGUAUGAAAAGGUUGCAGGAAAAGGAAAAAAUGAAAGAUUAUGAGAAGACGAAAAUCCAGUUGGAUCAACUGAUUGAGUUCAAGACAAAAGUCAUGGAAAGCCAGGCCAGUCUGCAACGACAGCUUCAAUGGGCUCGGCAAGAAACUCGUGAUGCUCAGACUGCAAGAGAUCAACAUCAAGAAGAAAUGGCUGAUCUUGUAGAAACUGUCGAAAUGGCUACAUUGGAUAAAGAAAUGGCAGAGGAGAAGGCUGAGACGCUUCAAAUAGAAUUGGAUCAAGCUAAAGAAAAGCUCGAAGAGCUUACUUUAGAUUUGGAAAUACUGCGCGCCGAGAUGUCAGAUAAGACUGGAGGUACUACAAUUGGGUCUGGACCUUCUGCCUAUGAGAUGAAACAAUUGGAACAACAGAAUGGUCGUCUGAGAGAAACACUGGUGAGGAUGCGAGAUCUUUCAGCUCAUGAAAAACAUGAGUUUCAAAAACUCCAAAAAGAUCUUGAUCAGAAGAAGUCGGAAAUUCUUGAAUUGGGACGUACCAAGGAAAAACUUUCUGCACGGGUUGAGGAAAUGGAACAUCAAAUUGCCGAUCUACAAGAACAGGUUGAUGCCGCACUCGGUGCUGAGGAAAUGGUCGAGGUACUUGGCGAACGCAAAAUGGCAUUGGAAGAAAAAGUCGCUGAACUGGAAGAGGCUGUGGCUGACUUAGAAGCAUUGCAGGAUAUGUCAGACCAGUUGGCCGAAUCCUCUAAGGAACUGGAAUUAGAAUUACGGGAGGAAUUAGAUCUCGCUGUUGGCGCAACUCGUGACGCUCAACGUCACCGAGACGCCGCACUGGAAACUCUGGCAGAUCGUGAACUCACAAUUGCCAAGUUCCGUGACCUUACGCAGCAGCUACAGGAACAGUGUUUGCAAUUACAGCAACGAUUACAGACAAAUGAGUCUACCAAAUCGGGCACACGGGGAGCGGAACAACAACUUGCAGAGAUACUAGACUUCCAGAAGACUUUUGCAGAAACUAGAGCACAGACCAAGGCUGUAGACCUUGAACUACGCCGAUUGGAUGCUGAGGAAGCCAGAUCACAUGUUCGCUAUUUACUCGCUUUUAUGCCGCCUCAAUUUUUGGCACGAGGUGGUGACCAUGACGCGAUCCUAACUCUACUCCUCAUACCAAGAAUGACCCGAAAGACCGAAAUCUUGAUUUCUCAAGUGCGCGAUAAGUAUCAAGCGAUUGAUAAAAUUGACAGAGCAUCGAUAGUAAAGGGACACUCAGUGGCACAGUAUAGUUUCAGAUCUCGUCUCUGUUCCCAUAUGUAUGCCUUGCAAGGUGCACUCGGAAGUUUUGACUCCGCUUUGAACAUGUGUAGUCCGGAAAUAUUGCUGAAAGUUGGUGUUGCAUAUCCAGAAAUGGCAGCUCAAGAAAAGUCUCUAGAUUCACUAAUAGAACUAGCUAAGCGUGAUCAAUUGGAUGAAAAUUUGCCCAUGGAUGCGAUAGAAAAAUGCUGUGGAUACUUUACUACCAUGUUUUCUAUUCUGUUCGGCGAUGAUCUUAUGGCUAAUCAAGCCAGACUCGUUACCGAUGGUACAAGAACUUUGGCCAGUGCUUGCGAUGCUAUCGCAACAGAUGCUUCUGCAAUAAAAGCCCUCAUCGACGGAGAAGGUGGCGACAUAGGUCUACUUUGCCAACAUGCGGAGACAGUUUGCGAAGUUAUUCAACAGCAUCUAAAGGCAGCUAGAAGACGAGUACCACGUGAUCAAAUUACUGCAGUUGUUUCAACUUUGAAUCUGGGAUUAGACAAAGACUGGCCUGAGCAGUUGUCUACUUGCGUUCAGCAUUCUGUCAGGGUUAUGAAAACUUUACAGGAUUUAUUGAAAAAUGCUCUGCAAGCUAUUGUUACCAGCGGAGAUUUGGAUUGUGGAUUAACAGCAGAAAAGUUGAAGGAUAUGGCAGCUAUCUCGAGUGAGAGAAUUUACGAUACAGAGGAUUUGGGCCCUGUCGCUACUCUGAAAGCCAGCUUAACGAUUAUUCAACAAAUGGCAGCAAAUUUGGCCCAAAGGAUGGCUGAAUGCGAGAAUGAAUUGGCUAUGGCUAGCCAAACUCCUCAACAACAACAGGGCGCAGAAGGCGGUGAUGCAAUAACUCCGAUUCUUCAGCGUGCCCAGGUCGCUAAGAAGGAAUCGGAAGAGACAAAAAUACUCAGCAGGAAGCUGGAGGCUAGAGAAGGAGAUCUCAGAGAGGCUCGACUUGUAUUGAGGGAGAAACAGGAAGAGCUAUCAGAAAUGAUGUUAAGAAAAGAAUUAGCUGAAAAACGUUUGGCUACUCAGCAACAUGAGAAUGAAUUGAACAUCGAAAAAGUUAAGAGAAAAUUAGAAGAAGCUCAGAACCAGCUUAAAAGAAAGGAAAAAGAAUUCGAGGAAACCAUGGAUCACUUACAAACGGAUAUCGAUAGUUUAGAGAAUGAAAGAGGUCAGCUCAAGGAAAAAUUGAAGUCUUAUGGUAAAAAACCAAGCACCGUGCCUACUCCCGGAGGUCUUGAAGGUGUAACGGGUAAUACGACAGCCGCAAAUACACCGAUAAGCACACCGUUGGAGAAUAAAUUCCUGAUACAAGAAAUAAAUGCAUUGAGAGAAGCAUUGAAAACUGAACACAAACACAAGACUAAAUUAUUAGCAGAUUCGCUUCAGCAGAAAUUGAACGCUCUUCAGCCUUUGUCAGUUAUAGCAAAUCAGAAAAUAGUUGACUCCAGGUUAGAAGAAUUACAGGCAAAGAGGAAUGCCCUUCUAAAGGAAGUACAACACGCCAUGUUAUUCCCUGUCGUACCUGAUUUGAGUCGAAAACGAGAAAUAAAUCGGGAAGGAACCAUUCUUGAGAAGGCGAAUCCAGCUUAUCAAUUAUUUCAUCAUCAACAGAUGGUUAAACAACUCGAAGAUCGAACCGAGCAGCUUGCGAGUGAAAUACGUGAGGAAGCAGUGAAACGAAGAUUAGGUGGGAGAGCGGAAGCAGACUUUGCCAUAUUCCCAAGUCUGGAAAUGGCAGCAGCAAUGAAAGAACGAGAACAUUUCAUGGCCGCAAAAAUAAAUAUUCCAUAUAAUGGUCCAUCGGAGAAUCUAUCGCUUAAUCUAAGUGUUCAGGAGCUUCGAAAAAUUCACUCUCUGCUAUGUUAUUAAAGGUGAAAUAUUAAAUCGCUUGACAUCUAUUAACGAUAGAGAAUUCAUUCAGUUUCAGUGUUUUCAGCCUGAUGACUGGUGCAUCAAAGUUGUAAGACUAGGAAUACAAAAUAAUAAUAAUAUUUGAAAAAAGAAGGAAAGCAAUUGAAUUCUGUAUUUAAUUAUGUCCACGUAUUUGCAAAUAAUAAAUUAAUCGAUUUUACUCUUCA